CUCUGAUCUCAGGAUGUGGACUCUACUGCUUGGGGUUAUUUUAGGACUUCUGGCACCUGUUCAGUCCGACCCGGUUCCUGCCUCGACAGAACUUCUGGCUUCUAGGGAUUUUCUUGGGGAAACUUUCAAGAUCUUCAAGAAGCUUGUAGUGGGUCCCCUGGAUGCCACCAAUGGAACAUCCAGCAGUGAUGAAACAGUGGAACUAGAUCAUAUGGUGACCCCUGACCCUGUGACAUCUGACCCGGAAGACCAGCUGCCCACCUUUGACCCAGAGGAGGGUAGCACAGAUGAGACAGAGGGCAGCACUACAGAGGGCAGUAUGAAACACCCCACUUCAGAACAAGACGAUGAAGGGGAGCUGUUUGACGCCAACCUUAAACCUAACUUUAACCUCCGCCCCAGUCCAACUCCUCGCCCCAGUCCAACUCCUCGCCUCAGUCAAAGCGACACAGAGGACAAUUAUGAAAAGUACAACUAUGAUUCCAGUCCAAGUGAAAGACCUGAUUCACCAGAGGAAGAUGAAAUGAUCCUGGAUACCGAAAGCCCCACAGUAGAGUUUGUCCCCACAGCAGAGUUUGUCCCCACAGCAGAGUUUGUCCCCACAGCAGAGGUUGUCCCCACAGCAGAGGUUGUCCCCACAGUAGAGGUUGUCCCCACAGUAGAGUUUGUCCCCACAGCAGAGGUUGUCCCCACAGUAGAGGUUGUCCCCACAGCAGAGUUUGUCCCCACAGCAGAGUUUGUCCCCACAGCAGAGUUUGUCCCCACAGCAGAGUUUGUCCCCACAGCAGAGUUUGUCCCCACAGCAGAGUUUGUACCCACAGCAGAGUUUGUCCCCACAGCAGAGGUUGUCCCCACAGUAGAGUUUAAACCCACCACUGAUUUUCCGAUGGAUUUGGAAGAUGUUAACGCAAUCCUUGACGCCAACCCCAACCCCAGCACCAGCCCCAGUCCUUAUCCAACUCAUGACGCUAACCCCAGCACCAGUCCUUAUCCAACUCAUGAUGCUAGCACCACAACAGAGCUAGAGGAGUUGGUGGACGAUAUAUUCAGACCAAAGUUUGUCGCCAGCCCUAGUCGUGUACCGGAUCCCAGCCCCAGCCAUAGUCCCAUCUCAGAGUUUGAAGAAGAAGACCUGUUACCUCUUAGCCUUGAUCCAAGCUUUAGUACCACCUCCAGACCGAGCCAAAGUUCGGGGAGCAGCCAUACACCUCGUUCUAAACUAACCAGUAUGACAGGCUUGGAGGAAGGCGGGGCUGCAAAGAUGAACACAGAGCUGGCCUUCACCUCAACCACCAGUUCUGCCGCACCUACAACAGUCAGGAUGAAUUCAGACAUCGAAGGGUCAGGGUCGGGAUUCCUGCCUCAGAGUAGCACCACAGUAGCAGCCCCUGCUGGCGAGGAGGACCAAACAUACAACUCCCUAGUCGAUAAGCCAUUCAUUGAAACAAAGACAAGAAUUCAAGGCAGCAAUAGGUUUGCUCUACCAAGGGAGGAACCGGCAGUGGAUGCCUCUACAGUUCUUCAUGAUGCAGCUGCUGUAAAACCAACCCCAUCCAGACAACAUGAUUCAUAUACAUCGGGUUGGUUGAUCAUCGUUGCCUUCGUCGCGGGCGUGGCGGUCUUGGUCGUAAUCUGUGUCGCCAUAGGUACCAGAGACAGGUGGAAUGCACCGGCCCAGGCUUCUGAGAAGAAGGUGGCCAACGCGAGCUCAGGAGAUGAGAAGGCGGAGCGGGAAAGGAGAGGUUUCUGUCUAAAGAGAGGCCAAGGGGAAAACAUCCAUGCUGGAGAGUACACUGUCAUACUUCUGGAGGACCUCCCUGAGAAAGAGCCGCUGGACUGA